AUGUGUGACGACGACGAGACAACUGCGCUUGUGUGUGACAACGGCUCCGGCUUGGUCAAAGCUGGGUUUGCAGGAGAUGAUGCUCCCCGGGCUGUCUUUCCUUCCAUCGUUGGAAGACCCCGCCACCAGGGUGUGAUGGUAGGUAUGGGUCAGAAGGACAGCUACGUAGGUGAUGAGGCCCAGAGCAAGAGAGGUAUUCUGACUCUGAAGUACCCCAUUGAGCACGGCAUCAUCACCAACUGGGACGACAUGGAAAAGAUCUGGCACCACACAUUUUACAAUGAGCUUCGUGUUGCACCAGAGGAGCACCCCACCCUGCUCACCGAGGCCCCUCUAAACCCCAAAGCCAACAGGGAGAAAAUGACUCAGAUCAUGUUUGAGACCUUCAACGUCCCAGCCAUGUAUGUUGCCAUCCAGGCUGUUCUGUCUCUGUAUGCGUCUGGCCGUACCACCGGUAUUGUGCUUGACUCUGGUGAUGGAGUGACUCACAAUGUCCCCAUCUAUGAGGGUUAUGCUCUGCCACACGCGAUCAUGCGUCUGGACCUGGCCGGUCGUGACCUUACGGACUAUCUGAUGAAGAUCCUCACGGAGCGUGGUUAUUCCUUUGUCACAACUGCUGAGCGUGAGAUUGUGCGUGACAUCAAGGAGAAGCUGUGCUACGUGGCUCUUGACUUUGAGAAUGAGAUGGCUACUGCUGCCUCCUCUUCCUCUUUGGAAAAGAGCUAUGAGCUACCAGACGGACAGGUCAUCACCAUUGGAAAUGAACGAUUCCGUUGCCCAGAGACUCUCUUCCAACCAUCUUUUAUUGGCAUGGAGUCUGCUGGCAUCCAUGAAACUGCCUACAACAGCAUCAUGAAAUGUGACAUUGACAUCCGUAAGGAUUUGUACGCCAACAACGUCCUGUCUGGUGGGACCACCAUGUAUCCUGGAAUUGCAGACCGUAUGCAGAAAGAGAUCACAGCCCUUGCUCCGAGCACAAUGAAAAUCAAGAUCAUUGCUCCACCUGAGAGGAAGUACUCCGUCUGGAUUGGUGGCUCCAUUCUGGCUUCUCUGUCCACCUUCCAGCAGAUGUGGAUCAGCAAACAGGAGUAUGAUGAAGCUGGGCCCUCCAUCGUCCACAGGAAAUGCUUCUAAUCACGCAAACAUCCCCUUUCUCUAUUCCAUUCCCUCCCCUUGUGUCCUUUUGUAUAUAGAUGUAUGGUGUAAUAAAGACGAGCCAUUCUGACAGUACACCUUUCAAAAUUAAACGACUGACAGAAAAGGAGAAAUAUGAAUAAAAAACGUAGAAAUUGAA